AUGCGGCUUUGCGAUGAUCCAAAAGGCUAUGCACGACUAUUUCUCUCAGUUCUCCCUGAAUUUGUGAAAGCGCUUCCCCGUCCUCCUUCUCCCUCUGUCACCACCGGGUUGCAACACGCUGCUUCGCGGGAGAGUGAAGCAUUGAAGAACUCAAUCACUUUGUUGAGGAUUGAAUUCAGGGAAAUGCAAAAUACUUUCGCCGAAUCAUGUUGUUCUUCUAACCUCACUGUCGACGAAUUCAAUACCGCGAGGGAUGCUUUGGAGGAUGUUCUGUACUUGCUGGAGGGAUUGGCAGACAGCUUGAUCCCUGUUCAUCAAGUAAAUCAAGCCAAGGAACGGGAGUUGCCAAAGCUUCAUUCUUUGAGUGAUACUGUCCUGACAUGCGAAACGUCCAUAUCGUUCGGACCGGCAGCAGCACGUUAUCGAUUAGUACACUCUCAAGCUCGGCAGUUCAAUGAGACCAUGAGACGAAUAUUUGAUUCGCCAACAGUUGACACAGAGUCACAAACUCGCCCCUUUUAUCAUGAAGAGGAAGCCACUUUGGAGGGAGACAACUUAGCUAUGGGCGAAUUAAUUCAGGCCAAACGGCUCUCUGAUACGGCAAAUGCUCUGUUCAAGUUGUUGGCAGAGGAACUCAAAUCUUGCGAGCCAUCCCACUCAGCUCAUAUUCAUCUCAGUGGCUUCAGUCAACCAGAAAUUGACAUGCUCAUGUCCCUCUGCGGCCCAAAUGGGACUCGAAAUUGUCAUGGUGUUUCGUGGAGGGGCAGAAGCCACAACCGCCCUUCGGUGGGAAACAACUCCCCUAGGCAUGGCAUAUGUUCUACCUUGAAACGCUAUUGCAAGUUUAAAAAGCGCCUGCUAAUCGAAAUAAGCCAGGAUGGAAGCUGGAGCAAUGCUGAAUCUUCCAGUGGCCGAGUGAAAGACGACGCCACAGCACCGACAUUAAAACUGGCAGAGCUACUCCAUGUGAGGAAAGGCACAACGAUGUCUUCUGCUAGAUUACUUAGAAAAGACCGCCUCCACUUGGCAAAGUGCAUUACUAAAUCUUCACUUUACCUCUUGGGCGGCCCGCUGUCACCAGAGGCGUGGAGAAUGGAGGAAAUCUAUGUUACACAGGAUCAUGACUCCCAGACUUGUUCUUACAAGCCUUAUAUUCUCCAGAAAUUUACAGAUCAGAUGUUGAGAGAGCCAAAGCGGGGCUCUGAAUCACUUCUCUAUCUUGGAGUUCUCCUCUGGGAGUUACUAUUUGGCCGCAGAGUCACGAUAAUGCCUGACGACGAAGAGUACGACGAUGAGUAUCAAGAUAUUUCACUGUUCAACGCUCUGAGCCGAGAGGAAAGCGAACUGCGCGAGACUUGUGUUGAAAAACCUUUUCUAGACAUCAUAGCCAACUGUCUCAACAUCUACCCUGAGGUCGAACUGGAUGACCAGGAAUUACGAAACAAGGUGUACUGGGAGGUCCUGAAUCCACUCCUUAGCUAUGUCGAAGCCUACCAAUCCAGCAUGUCGACAGCAAAAGUCUGCAGAAUGGAGACUACGUGGCCCUUAUUCCAAGGCUAUGCGGAGGAACACUUGGACCCAAAAGCCGGAACGCCUAAAUCUUCCCCAGAGUCCAGUUCACUUCCUUACAAACACCCAAAAAAAGAUCUAUAUUCAGAUAGAGGCUCUUGUCGUGAUUAUCAUGAUGUUACAGUCGAGUCCCGAAGCUCUCAAUCCUUGCCAGAAGAGUCUGAAGAUGAACCUUAUAACGGACUUGGGAAGCGAAAGAUGUCUCAAGUCCCAAUGAGCGAAAGAAGCGGGAAGUCACGCCUAGAACCACAGAAAUACAACAUUGCCAUUGUGUGUGCUCUUCCCAAGGAACAUCUUGCGGUUCGUUUACUGUUCGAUGAGAAACACCGCAAACCCGAUAUUCCCUCGGAAGACUCCAAUCAAUAUGCAUUUGGCUGUAUUGGGCGUCAUAAUGUUGUUACUGCCUGUUUGCCUGUUGGAAACUACGGAACAAGCCCUGCGGCUCUCGUCAUUGCUAAUAUGAAACGGACUUUCACUUCCAUCAAGUAUUACCUCUUGGUUGGCAUUGGUGGUGGGAUACCGAGCAAGCGGAAUGAUAUACGUCUCGGAGAUGUUGUGGUGAGCAUCCCAGAAGGGGCCUUCCCUGGAGUCAUUCAGUAUGACCGUGGAAAGCGUCUAGGAAAUGAUGAGUUUGAAAAGACAGGUUCUCUUCCGCCUCCACCGCAUGAAAUACUGAAUGUUAUCAGCUACAUGCAAUCUGAUCCAGGCCUCCCUCCGGAGCCACUCCAAUCGUAUCUCAAGGCGAUCUCAGACCUUCGGCCGGAAUAUGGACAUCCGGGAAUGGAGGACAACAAAUUUCUUCAGGGCAACGGGCUCCCUGUAGUUGAUGAAAGUCACACAUCUGAGUUGACAAACAGCCAACGAAUCAACGCCAGAGAUCAUCCAAAGAUUCACUAUGGUUUAAUUGCAUCCGGGGAUCUGGUUAUAAAGAAUGCGGAGUUCAGAGACCGUCUAAGUCAAAGAUACAAUGUACUUUGUGUCGAAAUGGAAGCAGCAGGAAUCGCAAAUGUUGCCAGCUGUCUUGUCAUCCGAGGUAUUUGCGACUAUGCCGACUCCAGCAAAAGCAAAGUUUGGCAAGAGUAUGCUUCUGCUGCUGCUGCAUCUUACGCUAAGCUACUACUUUUCUAUCUCUAAUGUCAAC